CGCGUCGCUGUGCUGGACGUCAUGAGCAUAGUAAUCGCGCUGGGAGUCACCACACCUGAGACGUCUUACUCCGAUAUGGCUGCUGGAUCCGACCCUGAGUCAGUUGAAGCGAGCCCUGCAGUGAAUGAAAAAAACUUGAACACCCACAGCUGUGGGAGCGCACAGAGUCAUGGGUAUCGGGGACUACCAUAUACUAUGCAACAGUCUUCCGUUGUGUGUUGUCAGGAUCACAACUAUGGCGCACCCCCUCCCCCCACCCCACCCGCCUCUCCACCCUCCCAAACCAUCAUUCCCCGCAUGGAGCUUAACGGCGUGGUGCGCAGCUCCCUUUAUCCCAAAUCCACAGAGGAGCACUCUGCCGACAGCGAGAGCUCCUCUGAAGAGGACGGCUCCCCCUGGUGCCACUGCAGCCUGUCGCCAGACGGGCUGCUCGUCAAAUGUGACAACUGCAGGGAGCUGGACAGGAGGAAAGGAGAUGAGAACUUGCACAGAAAAACUGAGAACGUUUCCGUUGGGGAGAGCAGUGCCACAGAGAGUGGCGAUGAGGAGGUGUCCCCCUCAGCCGUCUCUUACACGGCCACUCAGCACACACCCACCAGCAUAAAGCUCACGGUCAACCGGGUCAAGAGGAGCAAGUCCAAGAAGAGGAAGAAGAGCGCGGAGAAGUCUCGGGGGACUCCAAAGGAGAAGAAGGUUAAGGCUUUUAGAGAGGGUUCUAGAAAGUCCAUGAGGAUGAAGAACUCCACAUCAGAGGCGAGCGGCGUGGACGAGAACACAGCAGAAGGCUGGGAGAACCGGAUCCGACAGUGGACGGACCAUUACGAGGAAGCUCUGGCUAACCAGUACAGUGCUGACAUCCAGACACUGCUCCGCCUUUACCGUGCCGCUUCCUCCACCACUGAGAGUGGUGCCACUACGCCUCCUUCGAGCACAGAGCUGCACGUUGCUACAGACACCAUCAACCGCACAGAGCUGGCUUGCAACAACACAGUGCUGGGUUCACAGAUGCAGCUCCAGCUGGGACGCGUCACACGUGUCCAAAGACAUAGAAAGAUUCUCAGAGCCGCCAAGAACCUGGAUCCAGACACGCUCAUUAUUGAGUACCGGGGCAAGGUCAUGCUCAAGCAGCAGUUUGAGGUCAACGGGCACUUCUUCAAAAAGCCUUACCCCUUCGUGCUGUUCUACUCAAAGUUCAACGAAGUGGAGAUGUGCGUGGACGCUAGGACCUUUGGUAAUGAUGCACGCUUCAUCAGGAGGUCCUGCACGCCCAACGCCGAGGUCCGACACAUGAUCUCUGAUGGCAUGAUCCAUCUGUGCAUCUACGCCAUCAGUCACAUUUCUAAGGACUCUGAAGUCACCAUUGGUUUUGACUAUGAGUUCAACAGCUGUGACUAUAAGGUCGACUGCGCCUGUCACAAGGGCAACCAGAACUGCCCAGUGCAGAGGCACAAUCUGAGCCCCAGGGACAGCUUGAUGGGCUCCCCCAAUCUCCCUCCCCCUUCUGCUCUUGUUGGAGCUGAGACUCGUCGCAGGAAAGCUCGGAGGAAAGAGUUGGAGGGCUGCGUGGCUUCCGAUGCCAACAGCACAGCUAGCCAGCAGAUGGAGGCCAAAGAUCAUCUGGGAAGCAGCGAUGCAGAGGAAAAACUUCUGGAUGAGACCAAGGUGGAAGAUGGAGAGGAAGGAGAGGUGGAUGAAGAUGGAGUCAACCUACCCAACAAAAAAACUUUCAACAACAGGAGGAAGAGAGGAGGGGUUGAAAUUAAGUCUGAAGGUGUGGAGACAGAGAAUGGGGCAGGAAAUCCCUCAGGGGGCUCCACGGCACCCCUUAGUGUUGGAGUGGGGAUCACCACGCGAAGAACCACCUACAUUACGGAGCCCCCACCUGUUGAAGAAAAGAGCUGCUUACCGAACCCGCCCGCUCCAGUUGUUCCCCCAAAACCCACCAGACCAACCAAGCCUCGACCAAAAAGCCGGAUAUCUCGCUACCGCUCCAGUUCUUCCCAGCGAGCCCGGCGGCAGCGGCAGGCGCUUGCCCAGCAGCAGGCGGCAGCAGCAGCUUUGGCGCAGACGGCGUCAAUCCAGGCCGCUGCUCUCAAUGAGGAGGGAUCUCAGGGCCCGCAUGGGGCUGAGCACGGCCACGGAGACUGCAGUGUGGUGGGUCAUCACCCGGACGGAGACGGUCAGACCUUAAACAGCUUAAACCGAGGCAACCUCCGGCACCCGAAAACCAAGAAGUACCUCGUGACAGAGUGGCUGAACGACAAGAUCCCAGGAGGAGAUAAAGUCCAGCACGAAGUGACUGCUGAGCGCCCCCUGAAGAUCACCACUGACCCCACUGUGCUGGCCACCACACUGAACAUGCUCCCAGGCCUCUCUCACACCUCGCUCAUCUGCACAGCGCCUCGACACUACGUUCGCUUCGGCUCGCCCUUCAACCCCGAGAGACGCCGGCCCCGCCCUCUGCAACUUGACGGCACAUAUGGCUGCUACAAGAAGAGGUGGAUCAAGCAGGUUGAGGAUGAGAGCUGCUCAGCCAGCCUGGAGGACGGCACAGAGUCCACUUCUUCCCAGCAGAGCACCAGCAGCCGGUCUACACCCAACCCACACUGUGCAGAGGUCAGUGCUCCAAUUAAAAAGCGCCGCCACAAGUACAUCAGCGAGAGGAUGGCUACACCCUCAGACCACCUGCUCCGCCCGCUGUCGCCCAUCACGCCACCUCUUCCAGGGGACUCCCCACACCCGCUGCUCCACACACCCUGUGGCACGUUGCUGUCCAACGGCCUCGUCUUCUCGCCCAUGCCCUCGCUGCCCACCAGCCGCUGCAACACGCCGCUGCAGUUUGAAAACAUCUCGUCACCUGAAGCCUCUCCGGUUCACCGACCCGAGUCCGUCUCUCCACAGCUGUUUCAGGCUGAUUCUGAUGCCUCCAGGCCUCAGUUCCCAGACCUGUCCCUCCCUUCCACCCUGGAGAGCCCCAUGGCCACAACCUCAGAGGACUUCUCUUUUCCUGGGGGCGCUUCAGGCCAAGAUUCCCAAGGCCCUUUGUGUGUGGGGACCAGCUCUGUAAACCUGUCAUGUCCUCCCUCUGACCUGCAGAACAGGGAGCAGGCCUUCAGGACAGAGUUCAACCUCAUUUACACCUGCUCCCCCCUCAAUGCAAACCUGGGGGUGCACCCCGAGCGCCGCCCUUCUCAGGUGGAAGGAGGCUUCUCCCCCGCCGACUUGCACGGUUCCAUGAGCGGACCAGGACUGCUGGGAGAUCUGUGCUCGGGCUCCCUGUCCCCGUACAUGGAGCAUCAUUAUGGGCCAGGAUUUAACGACAGCAGCACGCCGCCACACCCCAGCAACCCCCCUCAGAAGAAAAAGGUGUCUCUGCUGGAAUACCGGAAGAGGAAGCAGGGCGGCAGACGUGACUCGGAGUCGGCCGGAAGCAGCACUUCCAUGGACGGUGCACACCCCCGCCCUGGCUCCCACUACAGAAACGACUCCCAUCACACCCAUUCCCAUCAGCGGAGGCAGCCCCCGGCCUCCCCGAACACCUCCUUCACCACUUCCACCCGCUCUCCCUCGAUCCCUCAGACGGAGGAUGUGGGUCUGCCGGAACAUCCCGGAUCCUCACAGAAACCCAAGCUGCAGGACAGCAGCAGUCAAUGGAUGGUUCCCACCACCGUGGAGCGCCUGAGAGAGGGCCAGAACCUGGAGCGAGUGCUAAGGAACUUCAAAAUGGAGCAGAUCUACAAGAGGAGUGGCUCCUCAGAAAGAGAGGCUGAUGCUGAGUGGUUUGAGGCGCACGCAGCACCUGUGGCCCCCUCCAGGAAAAGUCCUCACAGGUUCAGCCCUUCAGGCUUCUCCCAGCAGGACGGUCUGCAGCAGAGCGACAGCCCUCUCCUCCACCCGACGUCUCGGUCUCCGUUCCACGCCUCCUACAGCCCCUCUUCGGGGCACAGCUUCUACCUGUCCACCUCCCACCCGGGACUGUCCCAAGAUCACCCCCCCAGCUCCAGCCCCACCCCAACCUCCUGCUCCUCAGACUCGCAACCACCACCAGGUGGCGCACACCAGCAGGGCGGCAGCAGCCACUUGAAAUUGAGCCUGCCGAGCAGCGCCUCAGGGGGGGCCCCCAGAGGCCAAGGACAGCAAAUGGAGCAGGGUUCCCCCGUGCCCGCAGCGGGGCAGCUAACUCGCAGCCUGAAGGCGGGGCUGCAGGCCAGCUCCACGCCGUCUGCAGCGACACAUUACCCACAGCGGGGGGCGCCACAGUUCCAGCACUCAUCUCUGCAGGGAGCCAGCGUCUGGACGCAGUCUGGCGGGGUGUAGGAACGCUGAGUCAGCGCACGUCUAAAGACUCCCGAGGCUGCAGAGGAGCCAGAACUUCUUUUCUCUUCUUUUCAGUUUGUCUUUUUGUUAAAAAAAAAACUGGACCCCCACCCCACCCCCAGUAAGACUUCAAUCAGUGGAAGUUGUGAUCCCCUUUGGUUAUAAAAGGAAGUGCAGGUAAUCAUGUGUAACUUGAAAUUGUCCUCGGUGUGCUGACAGAUUGUACAGCCAUGGUUGUCGUCACGGUAACUGGACGAACCCCAGUCAGGAGUUGCUUUUGUGUCCUUGGGGGGGGCUGACAGUCCCUCCCCCACCGCCCUCAGCUCAAGGUGAGGACUUGGUCCUGCACCACUGAACUGGUUUUGGUUCCCCUGCUGUACUGGUCCCGCACAGGUCUAAUGGUGCUGCAUUCUUCCCAAGAGAAGUCCACGUCUGCGCACCUUCACCUGUUCGUGACGGAGGCGGGGCUUCACCAGACUGUGGCUUCAUCCAGGAAUCCAGACGUCUACUUUUAUCUCUGACCAAUCUUUGCAUUCCACGACUUGGAGCUCGGAGGGAGGGGCAUUCGGACUGUCCACGCACCAAAACGCUGCUACGCCCCCCCUCCCCACUCCGUCUGCCAGCUUCUCCCAUGAGGAGCCGACGCAGCUCUUUUAGAACUAGACACAUCGUGGACAACUCCCCUCCCCAACCCUCCGACCUGCCACUACAAGCCCCCCAACACAGGAGGGCCUCACAUGACAUGAAUGUUUGACACGUUAAAGAGUGGAGACCCAAAAUGAACCAGCACCUUAAACAGAAGACGACCUAAACUCGCGUUGGGAUUUCUCUGAGCGCGCACAGAAAGAAUGUGACGGACAGAUUUUAUUGUACACUGAAUCCACGGUGCUCGUCCGCAGGGCCAAGCUGCCAGCCCCCGUCAGCUGCUUUGGAGGGAGUGUUAUUGGGUUCCUUCAAAAACCAGACACGUUCUUUGUUUUGUAAAAUGUUUCAGUUCUGUUUUUCACUUCAAAGUAGAAACUAUUUCAAUUGUUCUUUAAGAGAUUUAAGAAGCGAGAGAUGUAACACGUUUUGAUAAUAAAAAUAAUCAUGAUGUGAA